GUUCUGGGAGCUCCGCGCUCCUCCCAGGUUUGGGUUUCACUCAACAAAGACUGCCAACCAUGAAAAUAACAUAAAUUCUAAUGGGGAAGUCUCUUUUUCACUGGCUGUUACUCCCUUGUGUGAGACUGAGCAGUAGCUUCCGGAGAUGCGCUCUUUCCAACAGGACUUUGAUCAUCGCGAGCGCGUGCGCGCUUUAUUUGUUGGUGGUGGUUUCACACCUCGGACACUCCGGGAAGCUCCGGCACGGAAGCACCGGGAGAGAGAAGUACCGGCACAUCCGUGGAUUGUAUAAUCUGGAUGUUACAGCCUCUGAGGAUUUUAAGAUCGGAGCGAGUUUUGCGCUCCCGACACGCUCCAACGUGGUCUACAUAACGCUGAAGUCCAAGCGCGUAAAACCGGCACACAUCCGGGGUACAAUCAGACCCAAACUGAGGAGAAAAGUGAGGAGGAAUCAAGAUGAACAAUAUGCUCAUUUUACGCGGAGCAAACUUGGCCCUUUGGAGAGGGACCCAGGCCCAAAUACGCGCCACUUUUCCUCCAACACCUCGCGGGGGGAAACCGGGGAUGUGUUUCGCAAAUCCUUGGCGGUAAUUCAUGCAUCUCUCACGCACGCACAGGCAGACUCUCCCGUCAGCUCUAUACGGAUAUACAGCCAGAAGGCGCCGCCCUGGCUCAGCGCACGGGACGUGGAGGCCAUGCGCUUUCUGGCGGAUGCCAAAGUUUUGCGCGUCAAAGAAGUUUCUCGCGGAGACUCUCCGUCACUUCUGGUCUUCGUGGGCAAGGGGAGCGUUUCAGGGAGCGACCUGAAACGGGUUGCACCGCGGAGCAGCGUGUGUGGAGGGGAGUGUGGAGUCAUCAGCAGCCCCGUGGACACCACGCAGGUCUUUGCCUUCCAUCUGGACAGGGUGCUCGGGUUCAACAGGACAUUGCCAGCCGUGAGCAGACGGUUCGACUUCUUACAUGACGGCCAGCCCUGUCCAGUGGGGUCGUGGGACGCAUCCCUCCUCCCAGAAGGCCGUGCUGCCGGCCGGCCCACCGGGAGGUUAACGUGGGCCGAGUACCAGCGCUCCCUGAAGCAGAGAUGCUGGCAUAAAAACAUCCGCCCAAAGUCGGACUCCGGCUGCCUCCCAGUUCAUCACCUCGAGUGGAGCAAACUGGCUCUGUUCGACUUCCUGCUGCAGAUUCACAACCGCCUGGAUCCGAGCUGCUGUGGAUUCAGGCCCAGGCGGGAGGACGUGUGCGUGCAGCUCGGCCAUGGCGCCGAAUGCGGGGACCAAAACCACAUACAAUUGACCACCAUCAUCCACAGGGGUCACGACCCCGGACACCUGGUCUUCACCGACAACAAGGGGUUCUUCGACCGCAACGAGGACAACCUGGACUUCAGGCUGCUGGAGGGAAUCAAAGAACUCCCAGAGCCGGCCGUGUUGGUGCUGAAGAACAGGAGACUGAGGGAGAGGCUCCUCCAGUCUCUGUUCCUGGACCAGACGUACUGGGAGAGCCAAGGCGGCCGGCGGGGCGUCGACAAGCUCAUCGAUGUAAUUGAGAGGCGAGCCAAGGUCCUCCUCACCUACAUCGAUGCUCAUGGGAUCAAAAGUGUGAAUGAGUGACGAGAGUUCAAGUCGUCUCAUUGACGCGACCUUGAUCCUCUUACAGGACACCAGAGCUAAGUUCUCUUACGAUUUAUAAACGGCUCUGGAGGAAAAACAACUCAUCAGCUAUGAGUCAGUUCUUUUACAUCAACUAUCUCAAGAGCAUGCCGACGUAAUGCAAGUCAAGUAAAACUGGUAAAAUUAACCAGAUGAUUUAAUAAAUAUCGACUUUUUCUCUAAAGAUUUGGUCUGAAUGCUGAUUAACACAUUGCUAAUGAACAACUAUAAAUAGCUCACUAUCCUUUCAAAACAUCCUCAAUUAUGUUGAUGAUCACUGGAUAAUAUAAAGCCAAAUUUGUAUUAACGGAAAAGUCAGUUGCAUAAAAGUGACACUAGAUAGAGACGCUAGGGUUUAAAACCAUCGAGGCAAAAAUAUUUCUUCCCCUGGAAAUAUACUUCCAUUGUUGUGUAGACAAUGUGCUGCAGUUCGUACGUUCCUCCUCCUGAGGCCUUGUAUUAAAUGGAAUGUGCUGCGGGAAUGACAGGAAGCUUUUGAUUAACGUCGCCUUCGUCGCCGCAACCCGGAUCCAGUCUGCUCGCUCCGGGUCACAUAUUAACUGACUUUUCCAUAUUCAUUUGAUACAAGAAGUCUUCAUGAAGUUUUCAUCACUACUUAUUAUAUUGAGUAUUUCAUUAUGGAAACUGCUUUGCAUUCUGUCUGUACUUUAAGUUAAGAACGUUAAGAUGAGCCUGGUGGGCUUAUUCUGUUUCAUAUGUGCUCUGACUCUUAAUCUAAUUCCCUAAAGCAGUCCCCAUUUUCAUGUGUUUAUUCAUUUUUUUUUUUAUCUUCCUCUUCAUCCGUCAAGUAUUUCAGCUUUGAUUUACCAAUUUGAAUGAAAUUAGCACAAUUUUUAUUUGUUGAUUGCCAAUUUUGGCUUAUAGUGACUUUUGGCUUGGCAACACUUAUCAGUCCCUACGUUACUAUAAAUAUAUAUAACACUUGGCGCUUAAUAUCUCUGAAAUAACAAACCCAGCAACAAGUUAAUUACAUACAAUACACAAGUCGACAUAAAAUGGAUGAGCAGAGAUGUUUUGUGGUCUCAUGUCUACUCAGUAUCUGUCAGGUACACAAAUAGUGUGUGCGUCCUUUAUUGACCGUGUGUCUGGUUUGAAUGCACAUAAUCGACAUUGUCAGCCCAGAGGGGGAGCUUGGUAUUUCCAAUGUAUCUCCAUCUUUCUGAGUCUUUCUGAGUCAGCAGUCGUCUCACCUUUGUCACAAAGUUGGAUUUGUGGAAAUUCUAAGAAGAACUGUUUCUCUUUUCCUCGUUACAGGGUCGGCAUUUUCAUUCUUGUGUCUCCGCUUUUCUUCUUCUUCUCCCUUCACGGCCUCUUCUGACCCCAAGUUAAGUUUUACAUUUUAGCUCUUUUUCCUUGUUUCUCACGGAGUGAAUAAGUUGGGAUCUUGGGGGAAUAACUGGAGGAGAAUAGUUUGGGGCCGUUGUUCUCAGCUGUUCCCAGCUGGCUGCUGCCUUGGUCGCAGACAGAGGAGCUCUUUGUUCUUGUAACCUCAGCUGAAAAAUCAUUUCUUUUUACCAUGAUGUCACUGCCUGCACUGACCUUCAACGAACUCUGAAACAUAAAAAUAAAAAAACAAGCAAACCAUG